GGGGAGAAAGAAACCAUGCAGAACCUGAACGACCGCUUGGCCUCCUACCUAUCCAAGGUGCGGGCUCUGGAGGAGGCCAACAGUGACCUGGAGCUCAAAAUCAAAACCUGGUAUGAGAAAUCGGCGUUGCACGCCGACGGAGGCCUCCGCGACUACAGCAAAUACCACACCACUAUUCAGGACCUUCGAAAUAAGAUCAUUGCUGCGAGCGUCACAAAUGCCAGCAUUAUCCUGCAGAUAGACAAUGCCAGGCUGGCUGCAGAUGACUUCAAAAUGAAGUAUGAAAACGAGGUGUUCCUCCGCCAGAGCGUUGAGGCAGACAUCAAUGGUCUGCGCAAAGUCCUUGAUGAACUGACUCUGUCCAGGAGCGACCUAGAAAUGCAGAUUGAGACCCUGACUGAAGAGCUGGCUUACCUCAAGAAGAACCAUGAAGAGGAAAUGAAAAGUUUGCAAGGCAUGACCUCCGGGAACGUCAAUGUUGAAAUGAACGCUGCCCCAGGAAUUGACCUAACUAAGAGUAAGGAACUGAACGUGAUGAUCAACGUGAGUGCCAAGGAGACCAGCACCAACAAGAAUGAGAUCACAGAUUUGAAACGCACCCUUCAGGCUUUGGAGAUAGACCUGACAUCUCAACUUGCUUUGAGGCAAUCGCUGGAAGCCACCUUGGCGGAGACAGAAGGCCGCUACUGUGCCCAGAUCUCCCAGAUGCAAGGGUUGAUUGGCAACGUGGAGACCCAAGUACAACAAAUCAGGGAGGACAUGGAAUGCCAAAAUGCAGACUACAGGCAGCUGCUGGAUAUCAAGAUCCGCCUUGAGAAUGAGAUUGAGACUUACCGACAUCUGAUCGAUGGAGAAGUAAGUGCAUCUGGACACGGAGGUAGCAAAGAUCUGGGAUCAAAAAAUGUGGGGUCUGCAACAGCUGCAGGAUUAAGAGGCUCAGAAUCUGCUGCAAGAGGCACUGGGUCUGGCACAGACUCCAGUGGCAGAGGAACUGCUGGUGGGAACACGCAUUCUGCAUCCAAAGAAAAAGAAUCAAAGAAAACGAGAGUGAUCAAAACCAUCAUUGAGGAAUUAGACGAGCACGGGCGAGUAACUUCCUCCAAGGUUCAGUCUGUUAAAGAAAGCACGGUUAUAUAAACAUCAAGAUUUUAUCCAGAAACACUUUCCUGCUUCUGGAAAU